AUGAUUCUGGUGGUAGGUGGGAGAGUUCGGUUAUGAAAGAUAGGGAAUUUCAGGAGGAUGAUUUGAAAAAGAGGGAAGGUGCACAAGCUUCUGAAAAAGGAUUGGACACGUUCAAGAAAUUGGAGAAGUUAUAUCAAUCGAGGGAAGAUGUGAUUGCUGGAUCAAGUGCUAGUCAAGAGUUGAGGGGUAAGAGAAAACUAGAUAACGAAAACUUGGAUGAACCCGACGGGAAGUCAAGGAAGAUAGAUUCUAGAAAAGACGAAGAGCAUGGAAGGCCUAAUAGUGAAACUGAGAAUCAAAGUAGGUCAUACAGGAGUAUUAAGGGCAGAAGUAAAGAUCAACAAGCAAGAACUGGGGGAGAAUAUGAAGGUGAUGGUGGAGAACGUGACACUAAAAUUCAGAGUCGGAACGAACUGCACCGUGAAAGUCUACGCGAGAAUCGAGAUUAUGAAGUGCCUGGACGGGAGAGAAGAGAAAGUAGGGAUGAUGAUCGCUGGGAAAUGAAGCAAAGAAGAGAUGAAGAGGAAGAUCAGUACAGGAAGCAUGAGAAAGAACGGGAUUCUCAGCGUGGAAGGCAUGAACAAGAAGAGGAGGAACAUAGAAGCAGAACACGUGAUAGUUAUAGAGGUCAUGAUUCUCUCAAGAGGGCUAGACAUGAUGAUUUACAUUCUGGUGGAAAGAGAAGAUAUGCUGAUGACAAGUAUGCAGACAAGUGGACUAGGCGGUGAAAGCUGCUUUAGAUUGUGUCAUGCUAGGAUAUCAAGAGUUUCAGCAGUCAGUGGAGGAAAGAUUGCGGAUGCCAAGCAUAAAGAGGAAAAGCUUGGUUAGCUGUUUGGUAUCAGAGCUUUCUGCUAUAUGUGGGGGGUUGGUCCUCGAAACACUUUUCAGUGUACCUAAACAGGAUUGAUGAAUCGCUAUCUUUAUUAUUGACCGUCAAAAUUGGUGUGCAAGAGUUAGCUGUAAUAAGUAAUGAUUCUUCUUCUGUUACCAUUCUUUCAAAUCUUUUGAGAUUUCCUA